CCCGAGAAAUUGAACUCGUCGUUCCUAAAUCCGAAAAGGUUGAUACUUUGAGCUCCGAAGCGAUGUCGGGCAGAGAAGACGAUAGUGACUCCGAAGCUCCUGAGGAAUUCACAUCACAGCAGGGAAUUCAGCAAGACGAAGAGAUAAGAAAAGUUGAAAACGAAAAUAAGGCUAGGAUUGUUCGUGAAGGAAAAGAACGACGCAGACAAUGGGCUCAAAAGUUGACACCACGACCAUCGUCUGCGAGUGACACUGUUCAAGACAGAAUAGAAACUGAGACACACGAAGAGACUCAGAAUAACAAGGGAAUGCUCCCAGAUGACAUUGUCCAACUGCUUGCAGCUCGUGAGAAGAAAGUUUUUUUGUCAGACUCUGAGGAAGAGAAGGUCGAGAAAAAGCGUACCUCCAAAAAGAAAAGGGCAGCCAAAUCCUCUGGGCUAGAACCUGUCAUUUUGAAGGACAUCCCACCUUCUCAAUGCUCACAGAACUCAUUGGAGUUCUUAAAGAAACGGAAGAUGCAGGUUUCAAGAUCGUCUGCAGUUCUGAAAAAUUCUAACCAGGCAUUACGAUUCCUUGCUACAUCUGGUUUACUAAGUAAGCAAUGAGGGAUUAUGACAAUGGUAGCUUCUCAAUUUUGAUCCAUUAUUUUGAGGAUGAUGCUGAUCCUUUGCUCCAUAGUGACAUGAUGAACAAUCAAUAUCAUAUAAAUUAAUUGUUUGGGGUCAGUGGUUGCAUAAAUCCUAUUGUGGGGAACAGAUAUCUAUUUCUCAGUCUCCAGCAGUGUAUUAGAAUUUAGAUUUUUUAUUAGAACUACAUAUCUAGCAUGUUUUAGAAGAAAACUUUGGGUAUGAUAGGCUAUUAUUACCUAUUAAAUUGUAUUAAAAUUGGAUUUAUGCAUCUCUGAAGGCUCUGAUGUGCUUUCUUGAAGCGGAUCCACCUUGAUUAACCAAUAGAAAGAAAAAGUGG